AUGUUCAACGCGCAUUACCUCGGCAUCAUGCGCGAUGCAUGGGACGCCUGUCAAAAAGACCACUCUUCUAACUUUAUCUUCUUCAAGCCCGAGUCAUCUCGUCUGCUCGACGACGACCCUUAUCAGGCCGGGUAUGGCUACGGAGCGCUCAACCAUGCACAGCAGGCUAGCCAGCCGGAUCCGGAAUACGUGAGGCGCGAGAGAGAGGCAUUGGAAUCUAUAUGCCAGCGAACUUCGGACUCGGUAAUCGACAUUUGGUCGCUCCAACCACAACCACAUCUCCAACCUCAAGCUACCCUCCACACACCCAUCUCUGCAUCUCCCGCUCAAUCGCAGAAAGGCGAGUCCACCACCGCCUCGGCCACUCGUUCGCCAUCAAGCCGUCCUUCCUCAGGUGCAGAUGGCAAUGUCCCCAAACACUGGGGUGAAGUGGUUGUCAACCCAAACAAGAAGCGCUCUCGUCCUGACAUGAAGACCGAUAUCAAAAUCAAAGAUGAUGUCUUUGGAGUCUUGAGUGUCAACUAG